UCAACAAUAUGAACCUAAGAGAUCCUUAUCCUUUAUCAUCUGAUUUUCAAAUAGAGUUGUCGGAAAAACAGUCGCCCCCAACAGUGUUAUUAUCGCCUCCCGAAACUCAUAAUAAUGAAUAUGUUAAAUCUCCUUUUAAUCUUGGUAUUUCGUAUAAUAGAUUCAGUUCUUAUCCACCAAGGAUCUCUAAUGCCUAUCCUAACACAAGAUAUCGUUACAGUGCUCCAAAUCCUUCACCUAAUUCUGUCCAAACUGAUUUUUAUAGUACAUCGCAUUCGCAAUAUUUGCCACCAUUUCCAUCAGAUAACUCUUUAAAUUUAUUAUCUCAAACGCAAAAUAUUCAAAGUCUAAAAAAUGUAGAACCCAGCAAUAUUAUAGAUAUAAGAAGCAAUUCGAUAGUUAAUACCGAUAAUAAAAAUAGGCAAUCUUAUGGUAACAAGAAAUUAGAUUCGGAUCCCAUUAUAAAAUCAGAAUCGGUUUAUCAUAAAUCUAAUGGACACGACAGCCAAAAAGAACAAAAUGUUCAGGAGAAAUUCGAUAUCAAAAACUCUCAAACAAAAGUCAGAGUUAAAAGUUUACAAGCUAACUGCAACCAAGACAAUUUUGAUAUAUGGCUGAUAUUUACUGGGGGUCUCUUUAGUGGGAAAGUUCAUUUAGAUGAUCCUAAUUGCACCGAGAGAAUCAAUCAGCAACAAGAAGUCAAAAUAUCGUUUCCUAUCCAUUAUUGUGGAACAGCUGGUUUUAGAAAUGCACUAAACCCAAAGAGAAUGAAAGUCGUCAGUAAUAUACAUUUGCAAUAUGACGAGGGGACAAAGGCUACCUAUAUUGUAAAUUGUCAGUUCUUCAAUUCAAACGUCACAUCAAUCCCGAAAACCUAAAUAUUAUAUAUACAACUAUAUUGUUUUUUAGAAUAGACCUAUCUUUCAUUCAUUCGCUAAAUCUGUAAUGCGAAUACUGCCAAUUCUUAAUA